CUGAGUCGGCGAGUUUCGACGUCAAAAAACACUCGAACAAGCAGGGGGUUUCUGCCCGAAAAGAAACUGGAAAUAAAUACAGAAAAAUUUAAAUCCAGCAAAGCUGUUACGGGAAAAAGCUUACGCUCUGCGGUUUUCGUAAUCACCAACAACAAGGUAAAUUAAAAUGAGGGGCGGCCCCUGGAACCGGCAGCGGCAAUUGGGUCCCUCCGGUGGCGUGCAUAAACGACCUCGUUCUGACUAUGACCUUGCAGCUCCUGGCCUGUAUUCAGGUCAUGAGAUGCAUAGUUAUUUGGCACGAGAUGAUGAUUUUGGUGAUCCUAGGGCCUUAAAGAAUACAAAAUCAAUUGGAUCAGAAUAUGACAACUAUCUUCAGAAUGUGCAAAUGUCUUCACAUACUUCUGGAGAAACUAGUACUUUUGGUGGAACUGGAUUGGGAAGGGCUGUUGGUGGUGGAAUGGUUGGCCUUCCAAUGGCUGAUCAGUCUGUGAUGGGUCAUCCUGGACCUAUUGCUUCUGAUCUAAUAACAAAUGGUCGAAAUAUGAGUUUUGCUAAUCAGCUUCCAGUCGAUGCAAUGGCUAGGCCUGGACGUGAAACAGCUCAUUUACCUCCAGACGCUUCCAACACUUUAUAUGUUGAAGGACUUCCUCCUGACAGCACAAAGAGAGAAGUAGCUCAUAUAUUUCGUCCUUUUGUGGGCUAUAAAGAAGUGAGGCUUGUGAGCAAAGAGUCCAAACAUGUAUGUGGGUGGUGGAUAACUAAACACCGUGGUGGGGAUCCUCUUAUCCUUUGUUUUGUGGACUUUGAAAGUCCAGCCUAUGCAGCAACUGCUCUGAGUGCCUUGCAAGGUUAUGAAAUGGAUGAACACAGUCCUGAUUCUAAUUACUUGCGGCUGCAGUUUUCCCGGUUCCCGGGUCCAAGAUCUGGACCUGGAUCCCGUAGUAAGAGGUGAAUAGGCAUUAGGUAAUGAGAGACAUCUAUGUUGAAGUAAUGCCGAUUGCAUUAGCUUUUAUACAUUGCCUAUAUGUAUGCUUCUUUCUGGAGUGGUAACACAUUGUACCCCAAAUAUACAAUGUCAAAUUGCUCAGGCUUGGGCACUAAUUGUAAGUACUUGAAAUGCAUAGUAUCUAAGUAGUGAAGUCAAGAAAAGUUUCAUAGUUAUGUAAUUAAACAAGGAUAUCUGAUUUUGCAUUUCCAUUUCUACCCAAUUUCUUAAAGAAGUGUUGUAUUCUUAUUGUAGAUAAGGGAUUCUGAAUGUCUUCUUCCUUUUGACACAUUAUGGCAACUGAAUUCUAAA